AUGUCCUGCCAGCAGAACCAGCAACAGUGCCAGCCCCCUCCCAAGUGUCCCCCCAAGUGUCCUGCCCCCAAGUGCCCCCCCAAGUGUCCCCCAGUCUCUUCCUGCUGCAAUGUCAGUUCUGGGGGCUGCUGUGGCUCCAGCUCUGGGGGCGGGGGCUGUUGUAGCUCUGGGGGUGGUGGCUGCUGUAGCUCUGGGGGUGGUGGCUGCUGUCUGAGCCACCACAGGCGACGCAGGUCCCACUGCCACAGGCACCAGAGCUCUGACUGCUGCAGCCAGCCCUCAGGGGGCUCUGGAUGCUGCAGCCAGCCCUCAAGGGGCUCCAGCUGCUGUGGAGGGAGCAGCGGUCAGUCAUCUGGAGGCUGCUGCUGA